AUAUUUUACUCGCAGAAUUACUAUAUAUUUAUCAACAAAGUAGUUCAUACUACAGCGAUGAAAAAUAUAAAGCGUCGUAUUUAACGCAAACCUUGGUUAAACCAGGGUUAGUUGACACAUGUGCACUUGUAUAAUAUGUCCAAAUGGACAUGUUUUGUGGAAUUCCCCUUCAUUUGGUAAAAUAUUAUCGCAGUGGACCAAGAUCGUCCCUCGUUUUGACAGUCAUUUGCUAUUCGUACUGGAGCUCUAGAAUUUUACUGUUUUUAGUGAUCGAGGUAGAAGAACUGCUUGAAAAUGAAACUUCCAACAUUGAAACAAAAUCAAGCAUGGCAGAAGAGAAACAACGACGCCAGGUUGAAGAUAGCUUGAUGAAAUUGAACGUAGUUGAAGCACCUAGCAUACGCUCGAGAGUUUUGGAUGAGGACUCGUCAACCACUGAAAACAUGAAUGAGUCCAAGCAUGUUUACGACGAUAAAGGCUCUUGCGAGUUGACAUAUUCGUCGUGUUUUUUAAAGGCAACUUUUCAAACGAAGUUUGUGGAGUUGGGUCAUCCUCCAGUUGGAUGUUGCUCUCUAACUGUACCUAAUUUAUUUGGUCAUUCACAGGCAAUGUCUGUUAUUCUAUGCAACACGAAACUCGACUGCGACAUGGCAAAGGAACGCGGAAUUGUCGCAGAAAUUUUAUCUUUCAAACAUUUCGAGGAGGAGCUCAAUUCACUUUUGGCGAGAUCUUCACUAGUUUCUAGACAGUGCCUUCGAGAAACAGACGUUGAUGGUCAACGGUAAUAUACAAGAACUUGAGGAUAAAAAUCACGAGGAACGCGAUUUGUUUCAAAAGUACAUCAGCAACAUGGCAUCGUAAGAAGAUGGUGGACGAGCUUACAGGAAUGGCUUACCAUCCAGGUAUACUUGCGAUCGGACUUAUAGCGCGUGCAAAUAUUUGUUGUACAUAUAGGAUAUUGUGUCCCCCAAUGAUCCGUUUGUAACCUUUACGCAGCGGAAUUUGUAGCGUUGUUGGUGUAAAUCAUUCGUAACUUGAGUUGAAUAACAAAACAUAUUCGUUCAUUUAA